GUGGAGGAAUGCGCACGGGCCCCAGCAUCUCACUUCCCACGUGAUCACAACGCUUUACCUCAUUGAGCAGCUUCAACCUCAUCACGACUUUUCCGCAUCACAGAGGCAACCAAGCUCCGAUCGCCGCCGUUCGCCGUCUCCAACUCGUCCAAUUCCCGGAUUCUUCACAAUGGCCGCACCAGGAGCAGGACUCUUCCGUUUCGCCGUCCCCCUCGCGAUCGGCGCCGCUGUCGCUCAGUCCGCCAUGUACGAUGUCAAGGGCGGAACGCGCGCCGUCAUCUUCGACCGAUUGUCUGGUGUUAAGGAGACAGUGGUGAAUGAGGGCACACAUUUCCUGAUUCCUUGGUUGCAACGGAGUAUCAUCUUCGAUGUUAGGACAAGGCCGAGGAAUAUCUCGACGACAACGGGAAGCAAGGACUUGCAGAUGGUUACGCUCACGCUGAGGGUACUGCACCGGCCAGAGGUGAAGGCGUUGCCUAAGAUUUACCAGAAUCUCGGCCUCGACUACGACGAGCGUGUGCUCCCGUCUAUCGGAAAUGAAGUCCUCAAAGCUAUCGUCGCCCAGUUCGACGCCGCCGAACUCAUCACCCAGCGUGAAGCCGUCUCGAGCCGCAUCCGGAGCGACCUUCUCAAGCGCGCACAGGAGUUCAACAUUCAACUCGAGGAUGUUUCGAUCACCCAUAUGACGUUCGGCAAGGAGUUCACCAAGGCCGUUGAGGAGAAGCAGAUUGCACAGCAGGAGGCGGAACGUGCCCGCUUCGUGGUCGAGAAGGCGGAGCAAGAGCGCCAGGCCAACGUUAUCCGGGCAGAGGGUGAAGCCGAAGCCGCCGAGACCAUCAGCAAGGCUGUUGCGAAGAGUGGCGACGGUCUCAUUAUGAUCCGUCGGAUUGAGACCCAGAAGGAAAUUGCACAGCUGUUGGCCCGGAAUCCUAACGUCUCAUAUCUCCCCGGCGGCACCGAGGGUGAGGGCGGCAAGAGCGGAGGCAACUUCCUUUUAGGACUGAGGGGUUAGAGUUGGAGGGAGGAGGAAAUGACGAGCCGCCGCUUUGACAUGGGUCAAAAUGCUUGGGCAUGGGUUUGGGCGCAAGGCUGUAUGAUAUCUAUUGUGAGCAUCUUUGGUACUCUUUUGUAGGGAAUUUAGUCUCCUCUUCACAGGGUUGUCACCUCAUACGCCGUGCCCUCGCCAAUUAACGGCUUCGGACGCUUUCGACUUGGACACAGAAUGUCGAUUGACUCUGGACGGACCAGAGGCAUUGCAUGCAUGGCCGUGAGACAAUGCAUAUUGAGAAUCCGGCGUUAGCUGGCGGACAUUCUCUCGCAAAUUAUUAGUGUAUACGCGAGCGCAGAUGCUGGCAAAAGAUGAUAUUAGUGCUAAGACGC